AUGCGCCUGGGCGAGCAUAGGUCAGGGGAAGUUACUCACGCAACAGUUUGUGAGGAAUUCAAGGAAAACUCACCGUAUUGUAUACAAUAUGGACUGUUGUUAGCUGGAAGGGAAUAUCCUCACAUCAUACAACACUUUGGACUGCAAUUGCUGCAACAUGCCAUAAGGUACAGAUGGACUAGACUAACACAAGAUGAAAAGAAUCUGUUGAAAACCAGCUCCUUGACUCUCAUUGAAAAAGGAACAUCAGGAAUUCUGGAAGAAGAGCCACAUAUAAAAGAUGCUGUUUCUCGUAUUGUUUUGGAAAUAUUAAAACAUGAUUGGCCAAACUUGUGGCCAACAUUGAUGCAAGAUCUAUAUAGGCUAUGUUUACAUGGGCCCACGCAAACAGAGCUAGUUCUGAAAAUAUUCCUCCGACUUGUUGAGGACAUUAUCAUUUUUCAAAAUAUGCCGACCAGUAGGAGACGAGAACUUGUCGGAGCUUUGACUUCUAAUGCAGCAGAACUCAUUGAGCUUUUGCUCAAUUUACUGCAAGAACAUACAGAAAAAGCAGAAAGUUUGAUGAACUCCGGAAAUGAAGAGAAUAUUAAAAUUGCUCAAGGUCACCUGAAGGUCAGUGAGGCAACCUUGAUGACCUUGAAUGGUUAUAUAGAAUGGGUACCAAUGAGUCAUCUGGUUAUCAAGGACAGUCUACUUCUACAGAUGUUAUGUUUAUUGCUGAGUCAUGCAAAUCUUCAACUUCCUGCUGCAGAAUGCCUGUUUACAAUAGUUAGCAGAAAGGGAAAAAUAGAAGACAGAAAGCCAUUGUUGAUUUUAUUCCAUGAGGGAGCCAUGUCAACCAUCUUGGAAGCAGCAGUCAAAGCUGAAAGUACAUCUCGAGGUGAACAUUUCUACAAGGUGCUACAAAAGUGUUGUCAGAUCUUGGUGGAACUUGGUAGACAACUUUGUGCUCUUUGGGGUGCUGAAAAUUGCCAAGAUGUUGGACAACCCCCAAACUUCCAGCCAUAUUUGCAGGCGUUGCUAGCAUUUACACAACAUCCUAGUCAGAUGUUGAGCAGUUAUACACUAACUUUAUGGGCACAGUUUAUACGACAUGAGUAUGUGUCUAAGGAUCCAGUGUUCCUAGCCAUCCUACCCCAAGUUAUUCAAUCAGCCUCUAAAACAUUACUAAAGGUUGGGUUUCCGAGCCAGUCCAACUCUUUAAGUUGUGAUUUUGCAAGGUUGGACUUUGACAAUGAUGAAGAUUUUACUUUUUUCUAUUCAAAAUAUCGUGCAGAGGUUGCGGAAAUAAUUCGACAGGCUACGUUACUAGUUCCUACAACAACAUUUGGAAAUGCAUCUGAAUGGCUCAAACUACUUCUAACUAAGCCAAUAGAUACUGGUGAAGAUACAAAAACUGGUCAAUGUAACCAAAGUUCUCCGUCGUAUCUGGAGUGGGAUGCAUUAACGGUGUUCCUAGAGGGCGUGAUGAACAAAAUGAAGCUGGAAAAUCAGCCUCAGUCAUGUAUAGAUGAUGGUAUAAGCCUCCUCAAAGCCGUGCUCAAUUAUGAGACUCAGGAUCCUCUAAUAUUGUCAUGCCUUCUGUCAUGUAUAUCAGCCUUGUUUAUCUUCCUAAAGUAUACACCAGAUGCAUUGAUGGCUGUCUUAAGAAAGAUUUUUUCAGCUGUUGUUUUUAACCUACCAGGACAGACAAAGUCUACAAGAAGCAAGGCAGUAAAGAACGUGAGACAGCAUGCUUGUUCCAUUCUCGUCAAAAUCUGCAAGGAAUACCAGGAUCUUGUCUUUCCGGUUUUUGAUGAGUUAUUCAACCAUAUACAAUCUUAUCAGUAAUGAUCCAGAUAAUUUUUAUCUCAGAUGGAGAGAUGUAUUCUGAUAGGGGAGGCCAUGAUACUUAUUAGUAACAACUUCAACAAUUUUGAGAAGCAGUCUGCAUUUAUAGAGGAAGUUUUAAAACCAGUCAAGGAAUUUUGGUCAUCUGAAGAAUUCAGAAUGGCAUUUUGGUCAACAGAUAAAUUUAUGUCCUAUGUUGGAUUAGACCAAGCCCCUGUGGAACCUAGCUCUGCAGAUACAUGUGGUAUAAACCGAUCUCAUAUUAGCUUUUGUAUUCACACAAUUCUAGCUGUAAUCAAACGUAGCAAGUGGCCAGUUGAUUUUCAAGAAUAUUAUGCUGCGAAAGAUGGUGGGUUUGUAAAUGUAAACCAGAAUGACUUUAUCAUGCGUAACCCAGCAACCGCACACAUCACCUGUCUGCUAGAAAAUGUUCUUGCUCUUCUCAAGGCCAUGAAUAUGUUAUUCUGUGAGAAUUACAUGAAACUGUGUCAUCCUGAUUACCGAAAGGCCUACUUACUACCAGACAAUGAGAUACUAUCACUCCUAGGAGUACCUAUGCCACAUGUUGAUGACUCGAGUCGUAUAAGGAGUAAACAACCUCUAGAAAGAAUGCAGAAUUUUCUCACAAUUUCGUAUGAAAUAAGUUUCCAUAUUCUGGGCAAUGCAGGUCAAUGUCUAGGAAGUGAAUUUUAUGCCAUACCAAACCUAGCCGAGUCUAUGAUACAGACUGUGUUGUCAAAUCUUGAAGUUUUACCAGACUAUAGACUGAGACCCAUCAUUCGUGUUUUUCUGAAGCCAUUCAAUAAUUGUCCUAGUGAGUACUACAGAGUGGCAGUGCUACCAGUGUUAGCUCAUGUGUGCCCAUUUAUGUAUCUGGUUAAGGCUUGGAAGAAAUGGAAAGACAUAAAUGAGAGAUGUCAGACAAGAAAAGAUACAGAUGAUGACAAUCAAGAAAGUCAAGAAGUUAUAGAAGAGCAAGUCACCCGGCAACUAACCCGAGAAUAUGUUGAACUAUUAGGAAUUAUAUUCUAUAAGAAAAGGAAUAAAGAAAGUAAUGGGGCAGGAGGAGACAAGAUGUGUGACGAUGAUGAGUUUCAAUCUCCAAACAGACCCGACCUUGGAGAACUAGGAAAUUUAUGUCUUAGCAUUGAUUCUGUAUGUGAAUCAACAGUGAUAUCAGUGUUUGCCGGACUAUGCUGGAUGGACACACCCACCUGUAAUAAAUGCAUAGCUUUAGCAAGACCAAUUCUAGAACAGCUUGUAGAAAGUAGUAGAAUGUCUGGAGCUGCAGCGUCACAUUUCUAUGGUAACAUUGUGAUGUCAUUACAAUACCAGGGUCAGUUUGAGGGCACACAGUCUAUGUUACUAGGGCUAGGUCUGAUGGCUUAUGAAUUACUGCGACCACUAUAUCCUGAAGUUCGUGAUUUUAUGUUAAAAAUUCCAAAGUGUACAGAGCAAGCUUUAAUGGCCUUUGACGAGAAGAUAUUUGGACAACCACCAUCACAGAAAUUUGGUGAGAAGAAAAGGAGAGAUGCUUACAAAGCUCUUGUUUCAGAGGCUAUAGGGAAGUAUAUAGGAGAACAGUUCAAAAGAGAGAUACACUAUCAAAGUUUUCCAAAAUUAUUCAAGCGUUCAAAACCAAAGCAACCAAGUUUGGAUGAAGUAGAGCACAAAGACAUUGGAUUGUGUAGCUUGUUUAAACCUGAACCAAAUGGUCAGAGCUGAUUUUUCAGGAACUAUGGAUUGACAUGGAAUGAAAUAAGCUUUUAUAGUAAAGAAACGACAAAAUUGUCAGCAUAAUUGGCAUAAAAUGAAAUAAGCUUUUAUAGUUACGAAAUGCAAAAAUUUCAGGUUAAUGGAAAGACAUUUUAUACAUUUGACAUUGGUGCUUUAUUAUAUAUAGUGGUAAAGCAUUCAGAAACUAGAAAAAAACUAGAGUUGAAUGAAACAAUGUUGAUAUAACCUAAAGCAACAGGUGCAUGACAUGUUAUAUACAGUCACAGGUAAGAACUUGAUGCAGGUAAAUUAGAAAAUGUUGAAGUACAGGUGUGAAUCAGAUCAGUUAAACUGGAAGUAAUCGUCAUGUGUUUACAAUGUACAUGUUUAUAGGAUAGAGCUCUAAGCAAUAAGUUAAAUGUUGAAGUAUAUUGAAGUCAGAUGAUUUCAACUUGAAAUAAAAGGUUGAAUGAUGAUGUUGUAUAUCUGAAAUUGUUCAACCUGGUGUUGAUAAAAUAUAGAUGGAGCAGUAUUGGUUAAACAUAAAGCAUUGAGUACAUGUUAAAGUAUGUUGGAGUCAUUUGAUGUAAACCUUAAGUAAAAGGUAAAAUAUUUUGUAAACCUCAAGUAAAGGGUAAAAUAUUUACAUAGAUUGUACCAUUUCAUGUGAAAUAAAAGAUGUUGUUUUUUUUACAUUCUAGAACCAUAUUUAUUUAACAAAAGGUGAAUUGCAUAGAUUUUAAGCAAUACAUGGCUAUUUAUGAAGAUUGAAAAAAAAGGCUGAUUGCUUUAUAAGUCUUAAUUUCUAAACAAUGAAUGGUUGUAAAUGUAGUCAUCUUUGGUUAAAUCUGAAGCCAUUGAUGUCAGUUAAUAAAUAAAAGAAUGAAUGGGGGCCAUUUUUAGAUAAAUCUAAAACCCUUGAUAAUAUUAAGGUUGGGAAACAUUAUUGUUAAUCUAAAACCAUUUAUGUAGAAUGAUUAAGUUUAUAUGAAAAUCAUCUUGGAUAAAGUUGAAGAAGUCAAUGAAUUGACGAAAUAUAGAUGGUAAUGACCACAAUAAAACUUGAAACAGAUAUUUUCUAUAUUUGGUAAAAUACUUUAAUCUCGUGCAAUUAAUAGGUUUCUUUAAUCAGAAAGAAGAUGAGAGACCAAAUUAAUGUUGAUAUGAAGAAUUCUGCAUGUAUGUGCUUCAUUGAAAUAUAUUUUACUUACCUGAAAAUAAAUUAAAGAUGAAAUAAAAUUAAAGAUGAAA